AUGGAUUUUUUUAACUUGCACGAGGAGCUUUUGAAGCUACAAGACACAAAUUAUUUUUUUCCAAAUGAAGUGUCAGUAAAAGAGUUAGAGGCUCUGGAAAUUGAUAGAAUGUUGAAUGGAUUUCAAGCUGAAUAUGAAACCACAUCGAAUGACUUGGACGUUGACGAUGAAGAAUCUUACAGUGAACAUCGAAUAGCAUUGGAAAUGUAUGGAUUUUUGUUAGUAUGGUUGAUUUCCAACGCGGAAAACAAAGCUGACUCUAAAAGUGGUGUAACUGGAACGACGGUAAUAACUGGCGGGAAGACAAAGAGAUUAACAAGGACGAAGGCAUCAACUUCGACGGCAAAUUUACCCGAUGAAUGGGAUUGGUUAACUCAGAAGUCAAACGCAUUGAAAUUGAUGGUAAAUGUGUUGGAACUUAGAAUUAAAAAAAUUUGGACAUCGACACACGAAAGGGAUACUUUUGUUAGCUUAUUUACCAAAUCAGCGUAUAGAAUAUUGGAAAAUGUCACUAAUACAAAAGAUUCCGAAAUAAAAAAAUUCGUAUAUCAAAUCCUUUCGAUUUGCGUAAAAGAAUAUAAUCAUGCAUUUGGUGCACAAACUUCCAUUAUUCAAAAUUUACAAUAUUAUGAGCACCUUUCAGAACCAAUGGCUGAGUUCCUUGAUGUUCUUGCACAGCAAUAUGAUUACACUCGACUAGCUGAAGAAAUUUUGAUAGAAAUAAGCAACAAGGAAUUUGGAAAUCAAGAUACAAUAGGUCCAAAAUCUUUCUCAAAAUUUCUCAUAAAGUUGUCAGAGUUAGUUCCUAAAGUAGUUGUAAAGCAAGCUGGGCUGUUGGUUAGACUUUUAGACAAUGAGUCUUAUACAAUGCGAAUGGGAUUGAUAGAAGUUAUCGGCAAUCUCAUAAUUGAUCUUGUAAACCAAGAGGAACAAGCAUUGAAUUACGUUUCACAAAUAAAUGGAUUUUUUGAUGCUUUAGAUGAGCGAUUCCUUGAUGCGAAUUCCUUUUGUCGUUCAAAAGUAUUACAAGUUUAUCUAAGAUUAGUCGAUUUGAAGGCUAAGUUUCCAAAACGCAGACAAAAGCUCACCGAUUUAGUUAUUCGAUGUUUGGAGGAUAAGAGCUGUAACGUUCGGAAAAACGCUAUUAAACUAUUGACGAGGUUGAUCGCCACACAUCCAUAUGGCGUAAUUCAUGGAGGAGAGCUAUCAAUUAAAGAAUGGGAAAGUCGAUUAGAACAAGUAGAAAAUGAAUUAAAGGCUAUUCAACCACCUCAAGAAUUUACUGAUAUACAAUCCGGGAAUGAUGAUGAUAAUCAAAGUGAAGAUAUGGAUGUUGACAUGCCUGAUUUACCGAACCAACAGAAUACAUCGGCUGACGAAAUAAUAAGACUUCAACUUACAAGACGUUAUUACUCAGACGCCGUUCGUUUUAUACAUCAAGUACAUACUGCUAUUCCAAAUCUUUGUCAACUUCUUGGAUCUACAGCGAAAUCAGAAGUGCUUGAGUCAAUGGAAUUUUUUGUCACUGCGCAUGCUUAUAAGAUGGAAUUUGCAAUAGAGGGAAUUAAAAGAAUGUUACACCUGAUUUGGAUAAAAGAUAAUAAUGACGAGGGAAAGGGUAUUCGGAAGCAUCUGAUUGAAAGCUACCACAAGUUAUAUAUUGAAACAGACGCUUCACUUUCAGACAAGGAGGCAGUUAAUACGGUGACCAAGAAUUUAAUAAGUUUGACUUACAAUGCCACACUUGCUGAAUUAACUUCACUUGAACAACUUAUGAGCACGAUGAUGGCUGAAGAGUUAAUAAGUAAUGAUGUUAUAGCCAGAUUAUGGUCUGUCUAUUCCGUUUCGACAAAGCAAAUACCCAAAGCACAACGUCGUGGUGCAAUUAUUAUACUCGGUAUGUUCGCGAAAGCGAAAAUGGAAAUAGUUCAAGAAAAAACAGAUCUAUUAUUAAAAAUUGGUCUCGGUCCUUUGGGCAAAGCAGAUUUAUCAUUAGCUAAAUAUACUUGUAUCGCGUUGCAACGAUUGGGCGGCAACAGUUCUAAAGUAAAAGUCGCUGAGCAAGCGAUCAACACUUUAUAUUUGCUUGGAGAACAUCCAGAUAUUUUAUGUGCCGAAAUUAUUAAGCAUAAAACGGCAUCUGUUUUUGAUUUGAAAGAACCCGAGGCUGAUGCUAUGGACAUUGACGGUGAUAAUAUUUUAUUGGAUCAAGAACAGUUUAUGACAUAUCCCCUUCAGCUGAGUCAACUGAUAUUCAUAGUUGGACACGUUGCUAUCAAGCAUAUUGUUCAUUUAGAAUUUAUUGAGGAUGAGUGGAAACGAAGAAAAGCCGAAGCUGAAUCAAAGGAUACUGAAAAAUCAGUAAAAAAUCCCGGAGAUGAUGAAUUAGAACAAGUUGCAGGUACAACAGAAGAUGAGUUUGGCGAAGCAGUCGCCCAUAUCCGUGAAAAGGAAUUAUUAUUUGGUGAAAAGUCAUUGUUGGCAGUUUUUGGCCAGUUAAUUAGCAAUAUAUGUGCUAAUAACAAGACUUAUAAUAAUCGCACACUACAAAUAUGCGCUACUUUAGCAUUAGCAAAAUUAAUGUGUGUCAGUUCAGAAUUUUGUGAGAAUAAUUUACCGUUAUUAUUUACUAUACUUGAAAGGUCAACCGAACCUACAAUUCGUAGCAAUAUAAUUAUUGCAUUAGGUGAUAUGACUGUUUGUUUCAACAACAUAAUUGAUGAAAAUAUCAAUUAUUUAUACAAACGUCUUGCUGACCCAGAUAAUUUAGUUAAGAAAAAUACUUUAAUGGUUUUAACUCAUUUGAUUCUUAACGGAAUGAUUAAAGUUAAAGGUCAAUUGGGUGAAAUGGCCAAAUGUCUUGAGGAUGAUGACCAUAGAAUUAGUGACCUUGCCAGAUUAUUUUUCACAGAAUUAGCGUCCAAAGAUAAUGCAGUAUACAAUAAUUUACCAGAUAUUAUUAGCAAUCUUUCAAGUGGAAAUAAUCCUGUAAAUGAAGAAUCAUUUAAAAAAAUUAUGAAAUUUUUGUUUGAUUUUAUUGAAAAGGAUAAACAUACUGAAAAUGUCGUAGAAAAAUUAUGUCAAAGGUUUAAAAAUCUUGAUGAUCGACGUCAAUGGCGCAAUAUUUCUUACUGUUUAUCGUUGCUUCCUUACAAGAGCGAAAGGAUUAUAAAGAAGCUACUCGAAGGAAUGACAAAUUAUCAAGAUAAAUUGCAUGAAAAUGAUGUUCACAAGGCUUUUAUGGAUAUUAUAUCCAAAUCAAUAAAACCACAAAGACCUGAGAUGAAGCAAAUGAUUGAUGAAUAUGAAUCGAAAAUUGAGGAAUUUAGACAAAGAAGUCAGGAAUAA